AUGGGCCUGUUGUCGGGGGAGUGCAGUCCCUGGAGGAGGCUCUCGCGCUUGGGAGCCAGCGAGGGGCGCGGUCCUCCGAGGCCUAGAGCGGCCGAGAGCAGCCCGGAAGUGCGCUCGCGCGCGCCCUGGCGGCCGGCGGGGGCGCGGCACUUCCUGCGGCUGCUCUGUGGCCCCUCCGGGCUCCGAAGGUGCCAGACACCCAGAGCGUCCACAGCCCCGGGGGCCAGCUUCACCUCCAUGACCAACAUGGAAGAAGGAGGUGAUGGCCCAGCCCCAUCCAGAGCGGGACCUGUCGCACCUGGGUCCACAGGACAACCUCCAAGUAGAGAGCAGGGGGGAAGCCUGCUGGCCAGCAGGGCACCCAGGGGACCGCCCCUGAGCAGGCCGAACUGGGCAGUGGCUACGACUGGCUGCUGGGACACAGCCUGUGGGGGCCAGUCAGCCGGCCCACGGGUCGGCCAGCCGCACCCCUGCGAGACCUGCGGCAAGAGCUUCAAGUACCACUCGCUGCUGCUGAAGCACCGCCACGUGCACAAGGGUGAGAAGCCAUACGCUUGCUGCGAGUGCUUCCUCGGCUGGUCGGGCUUCAUCCAGCACCACCGUGUGCACACUGGCGAGAAGCCCUCCGAGAGCAGCGAAUGUGGCCGCGCCUUCAGCCACAGCUCGCACUUCACGCAGCACCUGCGCGUGCACAACGGGGAGAAGCCCUAGUGUGGUGAGUGCGGCCAGGCCUUCAGCCAGAAUUCCAACCCGGUGAGGCACCAGCGGCUGCACAUGGGCGAGAAGCCAUACGUGUGCGACCAGUACGUGUGCGGCCAGUGCGGCCAGGCCUUCGUCUGGAGCUCCGUGCUCGCGGAGCACCAGCGCAUCCACACGGGGGAGAAGCCCUUUGCCUGUGCCCAGUGCGGCAAGGCCUUCCGCGAACACUAGCACCUCUUUCACCACCUGCAGACCCACACCGGGGAGAGGCCCUUCGCCUGUGCCCAGUGCGGCACCUUUGGGCAGAGCUCACAGCUCAUCCAGCACCAACGGGUCCACUUCUGGGAGUAGGCCGGCUGACUCCAGCCAGGGCCAGGGCUGGCGGCCACCCUCUGCCCACCCAAUGUCCCAAAUAAAGCCUAUCUGCUUGUUA